AUGAGUGCUCCGACAGACGCGGAAGCUACGGCGAUGCAAAACAGCUCGGGCGUCACGCCGCAGAGUCUUGAGACGACGCUGCGGGAGAAACUGGACGCAAGCCAUGUGGAAAUUGUGGACAUGAGCGGUGGCUGCGGUCAGAUGUACGAGGCCAUCAUCGUCUCGCCACACUUCGCUAAGAAGACGUCGCUGGCACGGCAUCGGCUGGUGAACUCGACGCUGAAGCAGGAAAUCGCCGCGAUCCACGCCUGGACGCCCAAAUGUCACACACCCGAAGAGUGGGAAAGGAAGAGGCCGGGCGGAAGUGGUUGA